AUGUCGGCAGAGACAAAUAAUGGACCCGUCGUGGGAAUGCGGCAUGUGCAGGCCCUACUAAUCUUCCUCAACAUCACUAUUAUGUUCAUUGGCCGCCUAAAUGUGGGCGUGUCCGUGGUGGCGAUGACCAAUGCGGAGACCACGAAUCCAGACUUUCCAGAGUACGACUGGACCGAGGCUGAGAAGUCCUACAUACUAUCCAGUUUCUUUUGGGGCUACAUCUUCACCCAGUUCCUCGGGGGAUAUCUGUGCAAGAGGUACGGAGUAAAGAGCGUAAUGUUCUGGGGAGUCUUUGGAUCUGGAGUCUGCAGCGCCUUGACACCUCUCUUUAUCGGGUUUGGCGAGUGGCAGGCGUACUGCGGCAUUCGGGUGAUAAUGGGUUUGGCGCAGGGCGUGGUGUUCCCCUGCAUCCAUCAGCACCUGGCCAAAUGGUCUCCUCCGGCGGAGAGGAACCGCUUGGGGGCCCUCAGCCACACUGGAAUCGAGUGCGGCAAUGUGAGUGCCAUGUUCCUGAGUGGAAUGAUAGCCAAGAGCUCAAUGGGAUGGCCUGGAAUAUCAUACGUCUCGGCUGGAGUAGCCUUCUUCUGGUGCGCCCUGUGGUUCGUCCUGGCAGCCGACAACCCCACAGAAUCUCGAUUUAUAGGGAAAAACGAGCUUCACUACAUCGAGUCGUCUCUGAAGCACAAUGAGAAGUACCACAAGACCAUCAUCCCCAUCCCCUGGAAGGCGAUUUGGACCUCAGCCCCCUUCCUGGCCCUGCUAGUCGUACGUUGUAGCGAAAACUGGGGUCUGAGCACUCUGCAGGCCGAGAUCCCGUCCUACAUGAACGGGGUCCUCGGCAUGGACAUGAAGAGCAAUGCCUUCUUCUCAGCACUUCCAUUCCUGGCCAUGUGGUGCAUGUCCUACAUUUAUCUGAUCACGGCCGAUGUUCUCUUGAGUAAGAACUCGGUUUCGCUGACAGUCCUGAGAAAAACCUACAACUCGAUAGCGUUCUGGAUUCCCGCCGCCACCCUGAUUGGCAUUGGCUUCCUGGAUAAGGACCAGAAGAAUUUCGCGAUUGCCUUGAUGACCAUCAGUGUGGGCGUUAAUAGUGCGCAGACCAUUGGAAGCGUUCUGAACACCAUUGAUCUGUCGGAAAAUCAUGCCAGCAUUCUGAUGGGAAUUGUGAACACAGCUGCGAACUUCGUACCCAUAGCCACUCCUUUGGUGGUUGGUUGGAUUGUGGAGGAAAACUCUGAUCGGACAGAAUGGCAGAUCGUGUUCAUCAUUGCCUCCGUGAUCUUUUUUGUGGGCAACUGCAUUUACCUGGUAUUUGGAACGGCAGUAACUCAGCCCUGGGACGCCGAAGACUUUCUACAGCUCAAGGAACCUGAGCUUGCCAAAGGACCUGCCAGCUCCGAGGCACCCAAAGAAGAAUUUUCCUUCAAAAUCAACGAGAGUACUAAAGACAAUUCGAAUGCAACGAUCAGAUAG